AGGCGAAAGUAAUGAAUGAAAUGUAUUAUAAUAGAUCCAGAGAUAGCAGUAUGUAGGAAGGAGCGAAGAUCAUUCAAAACUAAGGUAGAAAAAACAAAAACUCCAGAAUGAAACAGAAGGAGAUACGCCCAUUGUUAGAGGGAAAUGAGAUGUACCCUAAAGGGAUGGCAGUUGUUCAGGGCAGAGUGAAGAUGUACGUUCCUGAGGACAAAGUGGAAAUUGAUGAUGAUUUUGAAGAUGAGAUUCUGAUGACAGAGCGUCGACGUAAAAGAAGAGUGUCAUUGCUAUGGCAAGACUGCUUUCUUCUUAUUCUGGACUUCCUUCAGUUUUUUGCAAUUUACCAGUCCAUGGCUUUGAGAUGGACCUGGCCACAUGCCUGGCUGUCAAACACUUAUUUUGUCUUUAUUUUUAACCUGGAUUUUUUUGAGUUUAUGAAGAUCCACACAGCUGGUGUUUAUGCCAGUGUUCAGAACUACAACACACCAAGCUCCUCUGUGCCAGUUCAGUUUUCCACGAUUUCCAUUGGUUGGCUGGUGGUCACUCUGAUUCUGGCUGCUGUGUAUCCCAUCAUCUAUGCAGUUCUCUGGUACAGAAAAAGCCCUGCAAUGUUGACCAAAAUGGCCUAUGUGCGCCGGGUGUAUUAUGUGGUUAUACAGGCUCUUACACUCCCACUGGCUACAUAUGUAGGUCACAUCUUUCAGUGUACAAACACCGACACAGUGGAUGUGAUGAAUGAUCUGACCUGUUUCUCUGGCCUCCACUGGUUGUAUGUGACAUUUGGUCUGGUCAUUAUGCUGUUUCUGUUUGUAGUCUUCCCUCUUUACUUGGUAUACAUAACCAGAACAGAGUCUGUGGGUUCCUGUUCAAAGCACCAUGAAUCCUUCCUUCUUCUGAAGGAAACUGAAUAUAAAGUAGGAUUGAAUAAAUCUUGGCUGCAUGCAGACAUGUUUGUUUUCUCUUCAUUUCGAUUCUGGGGAUUGUAUCAUAGGGCUGUCAUGCAGUGGCUCAAGUUGCCUAUUAUUAUUGCUCUGUGUGCGGGUUUUAACAACAUUUCAGGUCAAGCCUUGUCUGUGACUCUCCUGUUUUGGGGGUAUUUCGUUUUGUUUAUUUUUGUCCGUCCCUAUAGAAUCUUUAUCUACAAUUUAAUGAUGCUGCUUUCAUUUCUGAGUCUUGGUUGCCUUGGAAUAAUCGGGUCAAUGGUGACACGAUACAAUGUCUACACCCUGUCCUCCCCAUGGCUCCUUCCCCAGUACUCUAAGUGGGUCCUGACCACCAUCGUAGUGAGCUGGGCUGUGUUCUGGUUCUUGUUUAUGGUGUAUUUGGUGAUUCGUAGCAUCCUGUAUCAGAAGAAAAUAAUAAACACUCCCCUGUGGCCAACUUUCUCCACCUCGGACAAUGACCACCUGAGUUUACAGACAAAGAAAUUCCUUAAAACAUUCCUCCAUGCCAGAUUUGUGUUAGAGAGGACUCAGAGAAGCCCUGCUCUGUUUGCCCCUGUCCACGACCUGUCCAGACAGAUACAGAUCCUGAAUGCUUACUGUCGUGAGGCAGAGUUUCUAGGAGAUGCCCUCCAUGGAACAAUGUGGGAUCUUCUGGAUGAGAUGAUUGAAAUUCAUGCCAAGCUAGCACAGAAGUCACUUUUUGCAGAGACUGUAAAGGAAUCAAUCAGGAAAACGGCCAAGGAGUUCCUGUCAGUGAUGCCUCUGUUCAGCCAGCGUCUCGCACAACGCGACUACGACCUCAUUCUGGUGUCGCCAAUGAAACGUCGCAUGCUCCUCAAGAUGUACUGCAUGGGGGUUUUCCUGAAUGGCAGAGCAGAGAAAGUUAGAAAGAAAGCCAUGUUUACACAGCCAGCUUUAGAGAAAAUCUGGCAUGAAGAACCAUACAGCCUGAACCUAGAAGAGGAGGAUGGUUACUAUGAGGACCUGUACCCUGACCCCAUCGAGCUCAAAAGUGAUGACUCCUCUGUUGACCUUUCAAUGGCCAGCUCUGAGUCAGAGGAGGAGGAGGAGAACUUGGCCGGCAUCCUGAGUCAACUUCAGGAAGAGGAAGAAAUGGAGUUUGACUUACUCAGGUCACAGUCUUUGGCUGAGGAUCCUGUGUCAGCUGAAAACUCCUCCACCACUAGUGGGAGCCGCCCUGGGACAGCCUUACAGAGUAACACUAAUCGACCACAGAGUGGUGCCACCAGACAUGAGGGUGGUUUUGACAAUCACAGCCCCAGACCCUCCUCAGGAUCUUCUCAUCCAGAAUCAAGACCAUCUUCAGGGUCAAGGCCACAUUCAGCUAUUUUGGGACCAGGUCUGAGGCAGACUUCUGGGUCAUCACCCAGGGGAUCUAGGCCCUCCUCAGGAGUAUCAACUCAUAGCAAGCAUUCCGUCCACAGUAAGAAGUCAGUCCACAGCAAGCAGUCAACAUCUGACCCAAACAAAGAGGGAGGUUAUAUUAACUCAGGAUUUGUGGAGGAGAAGCCUUCAUCAAAAGAGAAACCUAGAAAAGACGACAUUUCUUCCAUAAAGAAGUUUGCAGAUGCUAAAGUUGUAGCGGGAAGACUGAAGAAAAAGCGCAGUCGAAAAAGAGACUCAGAAGCUUAAAGACAAAGUGGGAACAGCAAUUAGAUGAAUUGUGAAGUGUGGCUGGUCCACAUAUUUAUUCUGUAGAACAUUAUCUUUUUUCUCUAGUAUGUGAUUAUUUUUGGAUUUUUUAAUAUUUAUCUGCAUUCCGUCCAUUCUCCAGUUGUUUUCUGUUAUAUUACGUUUUAACAUAAAUAAGUUUAUAAGAUAUAUAUAUAACCAUCUUUAUCAGUUUUUAGUUAUUAUUUUGUUCAUAUUAUAUCCGUUUUAUAACCAAUAUU